AUGUCUUGUGUAACUUCUGUUUCAUACAGGUUCUCAAUCAAUGGUAGCCCUUCAAAACUCCUUAGAGAAAAAAGAGGCUUGAGACAAGGAGACAUCAUCUCACCUCUGCUCUUUGUGAUCACUAUGGAAUACCUUCACAGGAUACUUCAAACUUUGGCAAGAAAUCUUAAUUUCAAGUUCCAUCCAAGAUGUGAGAGGCUAAACAUCAUCAACCUAUUUUUUGCAGAUGACAUUCUGUUGUUUACUUGGGGAGAUGGUAUAUCCUUGCAGCUAAUCAUGGAGAAAGUUCAAAAAAAAUUAGAUGCUACAGGUUUGUGUAUCAGCAACACUAAGAGCAAGAUGUAUAUUGGAGGAGUGGAUGAAGAGACAAGAAAGCACCUUUACCAUCUCACAGGUCUGACUGAGGGAGAGAUGCCAUUCAGGUAUUUGGAAGUGCCACUUAGUAACAAAAAAACUAAUUGCCAAGAACUGCCAACCCUUAAUUGA